CAUACUCUUCUCCACCACCGUCACUGUCAAGUACGCAAACGAUGAAGUACGACGAGGCUGCGUCCUGCAGUGGCCGGACGGCCGAACCAACGCCAGCCAACAGGAACACAUAUUCAACAUCGUAUUCUUCAUCACAACAUACCUGGUGCCGAUGCUGGUGAUGUUCACGAGUUAUUUGCUCAUCAGCAUCGAGCUGUGGGGCGGCAAACAAAUUGGUGAACUUUCGGAGCGACAAGUGAACAUCAUCCGAUCUAAGAGGAGGGUGGUGCGCAUGUUCAUCGUCAUCGUGACCAUCUUCGCGCUGUGCUGGCUGCCCCAGCAGGCGUUUUUCCUGUACCAAUAUUACAACGCCCAGCUACUGGACACCCAGCUGGUCCAGCACGUCUACCUGGCCUUCUACUGGCUGGCUAUGGCCAACGCCGUGGUCAACCCAUCCGUCUACUACUGCAUGAACGCUAGGUUCCGCGCUUAUUUCCGUGAGGUGAUAACGAAGUGGCCGUGCCUGUGCUGCCUCUUCUGCCGGCGCCGCCGCUGCGCCGCGUCCCCGGCUCUGACCCGGCGCCUCCCCGACCAUGACGCGUCAACGCGCUCCAGAUCUGAGUCGAGGAACGAGGGCAACGGAACCAUGCGCACUCUGCCGGGUUCCCUGCACUACCGCAACCACUACUGCUCUGCCGACCGAGGUUAUCGACGCUCGAAAGGUGGCGCCGAAUGCGAAAUCUGCCUUCAGUCUUUCCGGCCACAUCCAGGAUACGAAGUUGCUUUGAACACCCGCCGUACCGCCCACACUCGCCACCUAGACUCGGCCGACCCUAAAUUAGAAGCUGCCGACACGCAGAACAACGCCCCCCACGACCAUGACCCACAUGAGGGCGAACCUGACCCACUCAUAAAUAAUAAAAACGAUGUUGGGGUUAUCCAUGAGUACCAUGAGUCAUCAGAAAAGGUUGUAGAUGCGGAUACUAAAAUAUGAUACUAUUAUUUUAAAUUUCCGUUUUAUGUAUAUUAUUAUGAAAAUUCUGUUAUUGGCAGAAUGUAAUUAACGGAAUUCUGGAACUGAGUUAUAAGAAGAGGUUGUAGAUACUAAUAUAUAAUACAGGUAUUUUUUAUUUGAGUUUUAUGAAUGUUGUUAUGAGAAUAGGUUCAGAAAAAGAGAAUUUAAGUAACAAAAUUUAUUCUGUGGUCCAAAUUAUCAAAAAUUUCAUCCUAACUUACUUGGCGUGAGUGGACUUCGAAUGUUAUAUAAGCAUAGGACAGCAAAUUGAACGGCAUUUUUUCAGGAUAAAUUUUAUUUUCCAAGUGAUAGGCGACUUCAAUACAAAUCGAAUUAACUAAAAAAUAUAAACUAAUUUUCAUACUAACUGGAUGCAAACCUCCUGUAAUUAAACCAUAGAUGCUUACUUUUGAUCUCGCUUCAGGGGCAUUUUUUUAGUUGU